AUGAACUCCCCGAGCGAUCGCCACUCUGCCGGCGAGUCCGACUCUUCGUCGGAUAACGAAGUGGAGGAUAUCACUGGACCGACUGAGCAGCCCGGUCUCCCUGCCCUCCCACAAGGCCCCAACAACUUCUUUGGUGGCGCUUCCGCCCCUAAACGUCGCCUUCCUGGAGGCUUGAUGUUCGGUGGGUCGAGCGCGCGCGACCCAAAGAGUAGGCGCAAGGAUGUGCGUCCCGUCGGUGGUGGCUCGUACUGGGACCACAUGGGUCCUGGUCCGUCGAGGGCGGUGAGGGAAGACCUGGUAGACUCUUCACUUGUUGAACAGUUGAGACACCAGUUUGGCGAUCCCUUCGAUGAGAGGGAUCUGAAGAGUGCUGCUACCAACGCCAACUGA